UUCCAAAAAUUUACUCAAUCAGAUAAAUUAAAAUUUCGUUUUUUUUAAUUUAGUUAUAUAUUUUAUUCAUUAAGGGUAUAAACGGUAUUAAUCAAUCUAACUUUUAACGUGAGAGCUCGAUUCUAAAAAUUUACUUUGCAAAUAAUAGUAUAGAUAAUGAUAUAGUUUUUAUUAAAUAACAAAAUUAGCUGUACGAUAUGGUAAAAUAAAUAGACUAGUAUCGACAAGUCAACUGGGUCUAUGUAACGAAAUCAAAUAAAAUUUUAAAAAUGUAUUUGUAAACGAGAAAUCGGCCAAAAAAACACUGAACUUUGCGGGAAUUGCCAAAAGAAACCUGUACUCGAGCCUGACCAAUAAAACCCAGAUCUUUUGUUGACUUUUUUAGUUAAUUCACAAACUUACGGUUGACUAACCAGAUUAACACACCGUUAACCGACAGUUAAGACAGUGUUAACUCACCGUUAAUUACUUCCGUUUAGUGAAACUACGUCGUUUCAUUCAGUUGUUUUGUUAAACACAAAAUCUCAAGACGACGUCGUUUUGCUUAAUUAAAAUUGUUGUUAGCUGGACUCGAACCCGUGCACUCGUGGUCCUAAGGGGGUUUUGCCACUGAGCUAGUGGACUUUUCGGAAGAUUAUCACACAUGUUUAUUUUUAUUGAUCAAAAGAUGUGUUUGAUUUCAAUCAAACAAAAUGAAACCCGUGUUUGAACGUAACCCUAAUUUCUCAAAUCGAUUUGGGGAUUUCUCUUGUAAUGGUGAGGAGAUGGUAAAGACGAAGUUCACAAGGAAUGGAAGGGAGGUAAUGAUUUUCGGAGCGAUGAGGAAUUUCGAUUACGGGAGUGACGAAGCGGUUCAAGAGUCGAAGAAGGGUGGAGAACGCGAUGCUUCUGUGAGUUUGUCAUCGCCGGAGAGAUCGAGGAUUCGUAAAAGCGUUGAAGGGAUAUCGAUGUUGGCAUCUACAGAGGUGUCGAAGGCGUCGAAGACAAGGCGGGGAACUUCAUAUGGGUCGCCUGCGUCAUCUCCGGAGAAGACCACGAGGAGGGGAACUUCAUAUGGGUCGCCAUCUCCGGUGAAGGCCACGAGGCGUGGUUCAACUCUGUCUCCUAGAGUUUCGAAGAAGCAGAAGGUAAAUGUGGCUCCUUCUGGUGAUGACAGAGAGGAAUGGCCAGAGACUGAGAUGUUGGCAUCAACAGUUGCGAAGAAGACAAGGCGGGGAACUUCAUAUGGCGGGUCGCCUGUGUCUCCUAGACAAUCGAAGAAGCAGAAGGUAAACUCGGAGAGGAGUCUAGGUGAUGAUGGUGAUGACAGAGAAGAAUUUCUCCAGAUUGAGAAAUUUGGGGAUAUAGGUGAUGAUGGUAGGGAAGAUGAGAACGGUAUUGCUGGCAUUGAGGAAGUUGGUUGUACAGAUUUGAGUCUUUAUUUUGGUGAUAAAGCAAAAAAUGAUGACUGUGAGGUUGAUGAAGACGAAGGCGAUGAUGAUGCAUGGGAUGAUGAUAAAAUCCCUGAUCCUGUGUCAUCAGAUGAUGAGAAUGAAGAGGAGAUGAGACCUGCGCAAGCUUACAGAGAAGACACUGAUCCAGAGGAGCUCCUUCAGCUAGGCAAGACAUUUUCAGAUGCUGAGGACUUCAAACAUGCUUGUCUGAGGUAUACCCUGAAAACCAGAUACAACAUCAAGUACUACAGAUCCAGUAGCUUGAAGAUGGGUGCAAAAUGUGCCGCUGAGAUGAGAGAUGAUGAAGCUCCUUGUCCCUGGAUGGUCUACUGUUCGUAUGAUAGGAGGAAACAGAAGUUGAUGGUAAAAACAUACGUCAAUGACCAUAAGUGUGAGAGGACAGGGUAUUCCAAGAUACUUAAGAGGUCAGCAAUUGCAAGUCUAUUUGCUGAGAGGUUAAGGCUGAAUCCUAAGCUCACGGCAAAGGAGAUACAGGCUGAGAUAUUGAGGGAGUAUAAGAUGGAAGUUUUAGAAAACUCAUGCAUUAAGGCCAAGACGAAGGUGAUGAAAGAAAGGAGAAAGACCCAUGAAGAGCAUUUUGAUAAAAUCUGGGAUUACCAAGCAGAGAUAUUGAGGAGCAAUCCUGGAUCAACCAUGGAAAUUGAAACCAUACCAGGAGCCACGGUUGGAAGCAAGCAGCGGUUCUAUAGACUCUACAUGUGUUUCCAAGCACAAAAGGAAGCAUGGAAGAAGACUUGUAGGCCUGUUAUUGGCUUAGAUGGAGCCUUUUUGAAAUGGGACAUCAAGGGACAGUUGUUGGCUGCGGUUGGAAGAGAUGGAGACAAUAGGAUUGUCCCUAUUGCUUGGGCUGUAGUGGAGAUAGAGAAUGAUACAAAUUGGGAUUGGUUUGUGAAGCGUUUGGCCUUGGAUUUGGGAUUGGAAAAUGGGAACGGCUUUGUUAUAAUGUCUGACAAACAAAAGGGAUUAGUGAAGGCAGUUCAUACUCUCCUUCCAGAAGCUGAGCAUAGACAGUGUUGUCGCCAUAUCUACGAGAACUGGAGGAAAGGUGGAAAAGAUCUAAGGUUACAGAGGUUCUUCUGGUUCAUUGCAAGGAGCUACACUCCUGGUAUGUUCAACUACAACAUGGACGAGCUUAAGAAGUAUGAUCCUGGCGCACAUGCAUCUCUGAUAAAGACAAAGCCAGAGACUUGGUCUAGAGCUUUCUUCAAGAUAGGCUCCUACUGUAAUGAUAAUCUGAACAACUUGUGUGAGUCCUUCAACAAGACCAUCAGGGAGCCUAGGAAGAAACCUCUGCUAGACAUGUUAGAGGAGAUUAGGCGCCAAUGUAUGACUAGGAACUACAAUAGGUCUAAGAUGGCUAAGGACAGGAAGACUAGGUUCACCCCAAAGACACAUAAAGAGUUAGACAGGGUUGAGAAGAAGUCAAAAGAAUGUAGUCUGCGUUGGGCAAUUGGGCCAGAGACUGAGGUGGAAGAUAGAGACCAGUCUUACGUGGUGAAUUUGGAGAAUGAGACUUGUGCAUGUCGAAGCUGGCAAAUGAAUGGUAUUCCAUGCAUCCAUGCUGCUAAGGUCAUCCUUGGCGUGGGUAGAAAACUCUCUGAAUUUGUUGCUCCUUUCUACACAACCUCUAAGUGGCGUGAAACCUACAGUUUUGGGAUCAGACCUGUAAAUGGGAUGAUAGAGUGGCCUCGGACCAAUAGAUUAGGUGUGAUUCCACCACCUAAUCGAAAUGGCAAGCCUGGUAGGCCUAAAAACCAUGAUCGAAAGAAGGGAACCAAUGAGACAGUGUCUACUACCAAGCUGAGUCACUAUUUAGUCUUAGGGCAUCCUCAAAGGGGGAGCAGUUAGGUGUGUGCUUAGAGUGAAAAUAGUAGUAUAAUAUUGUAUUUAGGCUAGGAACAUGGGACAUCCUCAAAGGGAGAUCACUUAAUUAAGGGUGUGCUUAACCAAAUAAAAUUAAUUAAAUAAUGUAACAAAAAAACUUAUUUUAAAAUUGAUUCCAAAAAAAAAAACACAAAAUACAAUUGGAAAUUUGUAUGAAACAAACAUAUUAUUUAAUUAAACAAACAAACAUUUUAUUUAAUUAAUACAAAGUUUAAUAUCCAAAUUUAUUCCAUAUAUUCUCAAUCAAAUCCUCUUUCAAUUGGUGAUGUGCUUGUCUAUCACGAAUUCUUGUGUGACCAUCACCAAAACCCUCGAGAUUUGAAGCCAUACUUACUGAAAACGAACGACCCGGAGUAGUUCCGGUUCCAUUUUCUUGUUCCAAUUCUUGUUCGAGAGUGUAUGAAUCUCGUUCAUCUUCAACAAUCAUAUUAUGGAGUAUGAGACAUGCUCGCAUAAUAUAUGCUAUUUUACCUUUCGACCAUAAAAGAGAUGGAUUUUUAAUUAUCGCGAAUCUAGAUUGGAGGACUCCGAAUGCACGCUCAACAUCUUUUCGCACACCUUCUUGAUGUUCUGCAAACAAACGAUGUUUCGGGUGUUGUGGUCGUGGGAUGGAUUUAACAAAUGUCGCCCAUUCGGGGUAAAUCCCAUCCGUCAGGUAGUAAGCCAAAUUAUACUCCCUUCCGUUGACAUUGUACUUCAGUUCGGGAGCUCGACCGUAAAUAAUGUCAUUAAAUACUGGUGAUUGGUCAAGUACAUUUAAAUCGUUACAAGUACCUGGCGCCCCAAAAAAUGCGUGCCAUAUCCAUAGAUCUUCUGAAGCCACCGCCUCCAAAACAAUAGUUGGUUUAUCGGUGCCUCGUGAAUACAUUCCUUUCCAAGCGGUUGGGCAAUUUUUCCAUUUCCAGUGCAUACAGUCGAUGCUGCCAACCAUCCCGGGAAAAUUUUUCCAUUUCCAGUGAUCUAAACUAUCAUCAUUUGCAUCAUAAUGAUAGUGAAAAUUGUUGGAAGAAGAUGCCAUGAAAGCAAAAUAUUAUUAAGAUAGAGAAAGGAGUAAGUGAGAGAAGAGAAUUGUAUGUUCAUUAGGAAAGAAGAGACUUGUAUUUAUAGGUAUUAUAGAAGCUCAAUUAUUUGGGACAAGUCGAUGUGAUUCUGAUUCAAAGUGAUUCUUCGUUUAUAACUACAUGCCAACUACAUGUGAUUCUGAAAAUAGUUCCACACAACAAUCCAAAUGCAUGUGAUAGUUGCUACUAUACUAGGUUCCAAAAUACAUGUCAUUACAUGACAAUAGAUCCGACAUACAACACCAAUUCAUACUACACGUGAUAGUUGCUACUCCGACAGUACAUGUCGCAAAAUACAAGUCACUACAUCAUCUCCUUACCGACAGUACAUGAUACACAAAAUACAAUAGAUCAUUUCACCUUCUUAAACUAAAUACAAUAGCGCCACAGCCAUUGCUACCACAAUGCAGCAAAUACAAUACGCCCACAUCAAUGGUUUCUUCUCACCAACAAGCCUCUCCAGGUUGACCAACCUCUGCUCUGAAACCCUCUCCAGGUGCACCACCCUCUGCUCUGCAAGGCUUUGCAGAUCCCUGAGCUGCAUCAGUUGUGUUCCGUAAUCAGGUUCAGCUUGAGCCUCCUCUUCACAGCCAGUGUAUCCAACCUCAGCAAGACCAAGUUGCAGAGCAUAGUAACUGCUAUCAGCCUCGUCUUCAGAACUAUCAGCCUCGUCUUCAGAACUAUAGUCUAAUGGGCUGUUCAUAUCACUUUAUAGUUUUGUGAGUUAAACCAUGAAACUAGUUAACUCAAAGCAAACUGAUACACGCGAAGAGAAAAACGAAAUCAAAAGCUAACUAAACUAUUCAACUAAACACAACAACAACUCAAUUCAAGCAUUGGCUAUUGAAAACACAUAUGACUAACCUUUUACUUUCGAUAAAGGCUUGUUUGUUGUUGCUUAGCCGGUUUAACUCUCGGCCUGACUAUCCGCAACUUCAAUCCUCAGAAACAAAACAAAAGAGAAUCUUCAGCUUCCAAUUUUCUUAAGAACCUAAACGAAGCCAUAAACAAGAUCGACUUCCUAUUUUCUUAAGAAUCUACCCGUAAACAAUGUAUAUGAUCGAUUAAAACGCUUAACCCAUACUAACAAACCUAAACCGAUGAGAACGAUAAACGAAGGAGACGAGGAGACGAGGAGAGAAAAGAUCAGAGACAAAAUUUUGUUAAGAAUCUAACCGUAAACAAUGGAUAAUAUCGAUUAAAAUGCUUAACCCAUACCUACAAACCUAAAUCGAUGAGAACGAUAAACGAAGGAGACGAGGAGACGAGGAGAGAAAAGAGCAGAGACAAAACAUCGGUCAUACCUUCAAGGGUGAUACAGAAGAUCGGUGAGGAGGAGAUAAAAGAUCGAUUCACGGUGUGCUUCGGUCGGAAAUCGAACGGAACUGGCUUCUCCCGUUCGUCGCCGUGUGUGGAUUCGAGAGACAGAGAGAUAGAUCGCAAACCCUAGGAAAUGGGGAAAAGAAAAACCCGUGUUCCCUUUCUUUUUUUCGACCAAUACACACUUGCCACGUCGACCAGCACUUCCCUUAAGCACAGCUCUUCGACAAGCCCUCCCAAACUGCUCUUAGCCCACUUUUGGAUUAAAUCCAAAUAUAUUAAGCCCAAGCACACCCCAUGUGCUCCCCCUUUGAAGAUGGCCUUAAAGUUUCACCAAACAGAAUAAUAGAUGGAUGAUAAUGACAAUACAAGAAUCUACCUUAAUCUUUAUAAAUAAUAAUAUCAAGUGAGACAUUUAUGGAGAUGAAUCGACAUAAAAAUGAAGCCUGACCACAUUUAUGGGGUCCAACAAACGUAAUCAGAUUUCCUUCUAACCUUUCACGAGAUAGGAGAAAAAUAAACAGUACUUAUCUGCGAUCCCUGAGAAAAACGGACAACAAUGAAGAUGUGUUUUUGUUGAAAUAAAAGAUCUUCGGUUAUCUUUUAAAUAGCCUGGGAUAACUUCGAACGAAGACAGAUGUGCAAAGAGUUUAUCUUGACAUAUAAUACUGCCUCAAACCUACUCUAGUAUAGAACUCAUCAUCAGAUACAUUCUGGCACACGAAUCUGCUACACAAUGCCCUAUGAUCUCCUCUUCAAAAUUUUAAAGAAAUCAAUUAAAUAUUACAAGUUCAUAUUGAUAUCCUUGUAACCUAAUUAUUCUUUUUUCCUUCACAAUUAGUAAUUCUUGUCCUUCUCAAUUCCAUGAUAUCUCGUUGUCUAUUGUUUUGUGUAUAGCUAUGUAUUUUUUUGGACAAAAUUUUAAAAUUGUUACACUAAAUUAGUAAUCAUUUUUUGGUCUAUGAGCAAUAGAAUGUUGUUCUGUACUUUAUUUAUUUGGGGAAAUUAAGUUUCAACAAAAAAUUGUAUUAUUUGAUUAUAAAUUUUAAAAUUUUGAACAAUAGUUAGAGUGGCAUCAUUUUUCUAAUUCACUUGAGACAUCAUAUCUCGUCUGACCGGCACUUAUUAGAACUGAGCACAAAGCGAGUACUCGCUAUUUUUAUUGUACUUGAUAUUUGAUUUGUUUUGUACAAGUUAGUUUUGUUUACUCUACUAAAAAGAACAUGAAAAUUAUUUUGAACGACAUAUUUAUACAUAUUAUAGAGAAGAAGGAUAAAGAAAACAAUAAUAUUUCGAUAUGGAAGCAUUGUAUAUUUCUUACGAUAACAAAAAAUGUCUUAUCUUGGCAAGUGAACUAGUAGCAAGCGAGAUAGAAAAAAAAAAUUAAUACUUGUUAUUUGUCUUAUAUUUGCAAGUAUCUAAAUUUACUAUUUAAUACUAACUUGAUGACGACGAACACUUAAAAAAUCAUGUUGAAACAGGUAUAAAACGAUUAGCGAGUAGUUGUACCCAUCCCUAAAUGCAAACAAAA